AUGUGGGACAGACUCAAGACGGCUCCGCACAGAGCCGGUAGCCCGCUUGAUGACGACAGAAUGCGCGCGGGCUACAUCGUGGGAUUGGGCGGCAACAACAAUGCGGCCACCCCGCGAGGAGGAUACAGCUAUUCAAUCAAGGGCGGACCGCCGCCCCCGAGACCGCCGAGAGAGUUUCUGCAAUCCCAGCUCGAAACCUCAUCUGCCCCUGCCGUGCAGGAACCGCCCCCGCGAAACCCAAACCGCCUUGCGCUACGCACUAACCUUCGGCCAGCGUCUGCAAUCUACACGCAAUUCCCUGCUGCGCCGGCGGCGAGCCAUUCCACAAACCUGGCGACCAAAUACAAUCACCGGUAUGGGGCGGCCGACGACAUCUCGCCACCGAGCUCUCCCGAGCCAGACUCCGGUGGGGCAUACCGGUACCAGGGCGAUGACGUGUCCCCCAUAGAGGAUGACCCUCCCGAGACAUCGCAGUUUGAGCCCGGCUCCUCAAGGAACCGCAAGGCCAAUCGCAUGUCUGUCCAGGAAGCGCGACAAGCUCCCCCGCCCCAGAGCAAAGCUGCCACCAAUAUCCCAAUGAUACGCCGAGCCCGGCGCCAACAGUCCGACGCGGCCCUACGCGACGCCCUUAUAAAGGACCGUCCGCCAUCACGCCAGCAACAGCACCAACACCAACAGCACCAACAGCAGCAGCAGCAAGUUCAGAACCAACCCGCACAGGACGGGCCCCGCUGGGAUCCGAUCACUGGCGAGCGGACAACCGCUGCGCACGGCCGGCCGUCACAAGUCAAGCCUGCCGCGUUUGCGCAGGGCUUAGGCGUCAUGUCACAGUCACCGGCUCCGACACAGAGAAGUCCAUCCGCUGUAGUCACAUCGUUCGGCGAUAGAGUGCGGAGGAUGACCAAAAAGGGCGGGGGAAAGGAGCUCGAUGCGGACCCUGCAGCCGGCGUUUUCGCUGGGCGGACAACAAUUGUCGACCCCGUGCGCGACAAUCCCGCUGUGGCACCUUUGCGGAUUCCUGAUAAAAGCAACAGGAGAGUCUCUGCAGUGGUGGCGCCGAGGCGUGGACAGACACCCCCUGUUAGCCCUCCGGGGUCUGAAACGGCCACCGGUACGGGGCCUCGCGGCGCCACCGUGAGACAAGUUGUUCCCUCAUCACAGCUGUCCCCACCACCCUCCACGAGUUCGCCGUCUCAUGGCGAUGGGAACUUUCCAAGCCCUCCGCUCUCUGGAAACCCCGUGGGAGGAGAUGCGCCGGCGCUAGCAGCCAAGGAACUGGCCCGCGACGGCCUAGCAAAGUUUCCCAGUUCCCCUUUGAGCCCAAAAUCAACUCUUGGCUCGCACGAGAAAAACGCCAUCCGCAGGAAACCACCACCCGCGCAUGUCAAAGCCCACCAUCAACAAGACUCUAUCUCGUCGGUCUAUUCCCAACUAGCAGAGGCCUCCCCGACCCCUCCUCUUCACAACCCCAACGCAAACAGCCUCGCACCAUCCAACGAUACCUGGGUACCUCCUCCAUCUCGGUUUAGUGUCACUACUUACGCAACGAACGACCAAGACCGUGACCGUGACCGACCCCCUAUGCCGACCUUGCCUCCGGGGCUUAAGGAAAAGGAGAACAUCAUGACCGAACAGGCUGAGCGCGAGAACAUUCCUUCACCUAGAAACAGCCCCUUGGCCGCAUCGCCGCAGGAGCUGGUCGCCUCCCCGAAGGCGCCUGGAUCAGGCGGAGUUGCACCCAACCCGAGCGUCCUCCGGGCGCAGCAAGUUACGGAGCGGCCGACUAGCGCGUCCAGUAUGAACAAGAUGCUGCCCCCGGCCCCGCCAGAGACAUCGGCAGGCGAGGCACGGGAUCGUGUCGGCAUGCUCAACGCUCAGUUGAAGGCUCUCGCAAACCGACAGAUGAACAUUAAUCGCUCCAUUACUCAAAUGACAGAGCUCAUGCCGACAGACAACUUGAUGAACAGCGACGCGGUGAGGCGGAAGCGCGAGAUGGAAAAGAGGAAGGUCGAGGCACUGAAACAGGAGCUGUCAGAAGUUCGGCGCGAGGAAUACGAGCUGGGGCUGAAGCUACAUAUGGCGUAUAAGAGACUGGACAGGGAUGCAGAUUACGAGCCUACCACACUCUGGGUCAGAAGGGUUACUGGUUGA